CGUGCGGGACGCGUGUGUGCAGUUGUUGCUAUGUUGAUGAGAAUAUAGACACGUAAAAUGGACAUGCAGAUGAUAAAACACAUCUUCUUAUUAUAAUACACUCCAACCGGUAACUUUAUAGUUUGCAUUACAGCCAAAAGACAUCCGUGAUGCGCUUAGAAACAUCAGCGUAACGGAUCUGAAUCAUGGUCAGACGUAAAGCCUCUCCCAGUCUUGAAACAAAAAUGACUUUUUCUGCGGCUCCAAAAAAGAAGCCUGUCACAAGUAAACAAAGCAUUUUCUAGAUAGCACCUGUUGUAUCUCUCAGUGGAGAUGGAGGAGGAAGACUCUGGAGCCUCAAAGCUCCAGUAUACCAGUGCCUCUGUUCCCCAGAUUGAGAAUGAGAGGCCUCUGUUUCACAGUAAUCAGAGACCACCGGGUCCCUCCGAGCCAUUUCUGGUGUCAGGAAGUGAUGUGAAAGUUCCGUACACCAUCAAUCGAUAUUUACGAGACUACCAGCGAGAUGGCAUUAAAUUCAUCUAUUAUAACUACGCCAAAUCCAGAGGAUGCAUUUUGGGUGAUGACAUGGGCCUUGGAAAGACCGUUCAGGUUAUCGGCUUCCUAGCUGCAGUUCUGCGGAAAACAGGUAUAUGGGAAGAUGUUGAAAACAACAGGCCUCAAUUUUUGCGGUCACAAAAAUCACCAGUACAGCCCAAAGUUCAAAAGGUGUUCCUCAUUGUGGCUCCGCUCUCUCUUCUAUAUAACUGGAUAGAUGAAUUAGACACUUGGGGUCACUUCAGAGUUGCAAUUGUUCACGGUGUGAGGAAGGAAGAGGAGCUGGUGCGUGUACAGAGAGGAAGAUGUGAGGUUGCUCUUACUACUUAUGAGACCUUCAGACUCUGUCUGGACCAGUUUAACAGUAUUGAUUGGGCUGCUGUCAUUGUGGAUGAAGCUCACAAAAUAAAGAACCACAAGUCCCAAAUCACUCAGGCCAUGAAGGAGAUGAGAUGUGAAGUGAGGGUUGGGUUGACAGGAACUAUUCUUCAAAACAACCUAGAGGAGAUGUGGUGUGUUAUGGACUGGGCCUUCCCUGGAUGCCUAGGCUCACUGGUGGGCUUUAAAAACAGAUUUUCGGACCCCAUUGAGCAGGGGCAGAAGCACACCGUGACAAAAAGAGCUCUGGCAGAAGGUCGCAAAGCAGUUAAGGAUCUGGCCAAAAUGCUCUCCCGUUGGUUCCUCAGAAGAACAAAAACCCUCAUCAGUGACCAGCUACCUAAGAAAGACGAUAGAGUGGUGUAUUGCUCUCUCACGGAUUUUCAGCAGACAGUGUACCAAGCUGUGCUGGACACUGAUGAUGUGACCCUGUUGUUGCAAAGCUCAGGCAAGUGUCCGUGUGGCAGUGGGCGUCCACGAAAGCAAUGCUGCUACAAAUUAAACGCAGACGGCGUGCCUGUCCGUUACCUUUACUUUAGUUAUCUCGCCAUACUUAGGAAGGUGGCCAAUCAUGUCGCACUACUGCAGUCCAGAGAAGGAACCAGCAAAAAACAGGAGAAAUAUGUGACAGCCAUUUGCGAGCGAGUUUUUAGGAAAUUUCCAGAUUUCACAGAGAGGUGCAAACAGGCUGCAUUUGAGGCGAUGUCAGAUCCCAUGUACAGUGGAAAAAUGAAGGUUCUGCAAAAGCUGCUCAAUCACUUUAUCGUGAAAAAAGACAAUGUUCUACUCUUCUCUCUCUCCACCAAGCUGCUAGAUGUUCUGGAGAGCUACUGUAUGGCUGAGGGUCUGGAGUACCGCAGGUUGGAUGGAAACACCAAGUCUAAGGACAGAGUGAAGAUAGUGAGAGAAUUCAACAGCUCUCGGGAUAUCAACCUGUGUUUGGUGUCUACUCUGGCUGGUGGGCUUGGUCUCAACUUCGUCGGAGCGAAUGUUGUUGUGCUGUUUGAUCCAACGUGGAAUCCUGCUAAUGAUCUUCAGGCUAUUGACAGGGCGUAUCGCAUAGGCCAGUGCAGGGAUGUGACGGUUUUUAGACUCAUCUCUUUGGGAACAGUGGAGGAGAUCAUAUACCUGCGCCAGAUAUACAAACAGCAACUUCAGACAUCAGUGAUAGGCUGUGAGAACGCGCGACGCUACUUCGAAGCUGUUCAGGGUACAGAUGGCCAAGCUGGAGAGUUGUUCGGCAUCUGCAACCUGUUCCGCCUACAGACUGAUGGCACCUGCCUAACCCACCGCAUUCUGGAGAGGGAGGGCAGAGUGGAGGUGGGGAUGAUGACGGCCAAAACGCAAGCUCUGGGCGAGAGGAUGCAGGAGGCUGAUCCUAAGUCAGCAGACGCUUCAACUGAGCAAGCAGCUGGGUCAACAGUCACCAGUUUCAAACCAGCUGAGGUGUUAGACUUCAGCAGUGCAAGUGAGGAUGAAGAUCCCUGCUGCUCCAGGCAGAAGGCCUCAAAUCCCCACACAGGAGAGGAUAUGGGACCUGGUGAUUCUUCUAUCGGCAACAUAGGCCUUUAUAGACUGCUCCAACAACAUAUAGCUCAGAGAGAACAACAGCAAACAGACAGCAGUGAAGAAGAUUCUAGUAACCCAACUGAAGAUGAGGAGAACCAGGAAAAGCCCAGUCAUUCUGAGGAGAUGAAGGAAGUUCCUGCUGGAAAACAUCAUGGAUCUCGAGGACUGAGAAAAUCAGAGCACACUUCUCAUGUUGUUCAAAAAAUGCACGUGGAGUCGGCAGAUCUGGAGGGUCUUCCGCCAAAAUUUCAUAAACGCAAUGAUGGCAUGAGCGCUGGCAAGAGUUGCCUUCGAAAGCGAGUCAAGUUUACAGAAAAACGGUCUGAAGAUGAUAGUGAACGUUUUUCAUCAUCGGAAGAUGAGGAAAGAGUUAAAUGUAGGAAUGGUUCAUCUCUUCAGAGGCAAAACACUAAACAAAGAUCUGUUAGGUUCACGGGCUUAAAGAACCAAAACGCAGCUAAAACACCUGAAUCGGACAAGACCUACUGCAGAGAUGAAGGCAACACUGGAACAGUAGACUCAUUAUUAGGUGGUCUUCAGCAUGUGAGCUACACUCACUCGAAUCAGAAGGUAGUGGGCUCAAGUAGAGCAGAAGACCGCCUGAGUCGUGCUGCCGUGCGAGAUGUGUUUGAACUCAACAAGCACUCGCAACUUCCUGCAAACCAGCUCCUGGAUUUCUUAUAGACUCCCAGCCAGUCAUGUGAGUCUGUACUCACUGAUCACAGCACAGGAAGACAGACACUGCCAGCAUGUGACAGACCUCACAAGGAGUAUCCGGUCACACACUUCAUCAAGACCUCUCACCGCCACAAAAAUAUCACUUUUAUCGUGGGCGAAACACCCAGUAGCAUCUGCAGAAACCAGCUGGAAGACAUGGCUCGGAUCUUUGGAGCCGUCUCCGUUCAGGACUUUGCAGAAGAGAUUCUGAAGAGUGAUUCGGCACAGAGGCUAAGCCGAUUACGGAGCUUCUACAGCCAGAAGAGCCCUGAACUUAAGGACAUCAUCAAAAAGACCUUUCCAAAACCUAACGCUGAGCCAAAGCCACCCACAUCAACACCACCCUCAACGUCCGGUACGGCCAGACAAAGACCUACCUCAAAAAGAGCCCUCCCAAACGUGCCUCAAGUUGAGGUACCAGCCCCUGCAGUCGAGGAUCAAAGAGAAACAUCAAAGAAAAAGAGAAUUAGUGUUACAGAAACCUCCGAGGUUCACCAUCGUCACAGUACAGACCUCACAAACAACAUAAUUAAGACCUUUGCCGAUGACUCAGACCAGAGCAUGCACAGAUUCUCUUCGUUCACGUCAACAAGUUUUGGACAUCUUCAGAGGAGCUGCGCACCAGUGGAGGAAAGGAGAACCAAUGGUAGAAGAUCUUUCAAAGACAAGGAACAUUCUUCAUGUUCGGUUUCUACACGUGAUGGCGAGGCAUCCAGUUCAACCCAGACCAAAAGCUCCCUCAUCACAGACCUUAUAGGUGAUACAUCCAUCCUCAAUGAUUUGUUCAAAUCCAAAAAGAAACCUUUAGAGCGGCCUAGGGAGGCAACAGUUCUUACUCAUGCGGAAAAGGCAAAGAGUAGAGGAAAGGACUUCUGGGACAUUUUAAAUGAGGGAAAUGAAGAGAGCAUUAAUAAACUUACAGAUCUGUCUGAGGUGGAGAAGAUCUGUAAUACUGUUAGCGUCUCUGCAAAGUCAAAGAGUAAUGAUGAAAGCCAAAGCUCUCAACUUUGGAAAAAAAAUGAAAAAUUUCUCUGGAAAAUUGAGUGAAUUGGGCAGAAACUGUGAAGUUUUGGGGGGUUUUGUUUCUACUUUUCAAAAAAUGUGAGCAGAAGAUAAGCUGUUUUAGAAUUAUAACACAAAUAUCAUUUUUAUUUAAGUGCAUUUGCUUUUAUUUAUUUUAUUUUGUAUCAUUUACACAUCUGAAAGUUCUAACAAUUUAAAGUGAUGGUUCACCCAAAUAUGAAAAUUCUGUCAUCAUGUACUCGCCCAUUUUUUGUCAUUUUAAACCUGCGUGACUUUCUUCCGCAAAACACAAAAGAAGAUAUUUUGAAGAAUGUUGGUAACUGAACAACGGCGGGUACCCGUUCACUUCUAUUGUAUGGAUACAAAACCAAUGCAAGUCAAUGGGUACCGCCAUGGUUGGGUUACCAUCGUUCUUCAAAAUAUAUCAUUAAAAGAAAAAAUCAAAGCAUUCCCUCUGCAUUCAUUCGGUUCAUUCAUCGGCACAGAUUUUGAGUACAGCACAGAUGUAUUUAAUCAUGUAUGACAUAGUGGAAUAUCAUUUUCUAUUAAGCCAUGUGGGAUAGCUGAACACUGAACAGCAACGCAGUAUGACGUUAAACGUGAACUGGCGAUGUUUCGUAGGAUCCGUUCAAAUUUGAAACAGCACCGUAUGCACAAAAACAUUGUGUCUCACAUUUGGUUUCAAGCUAGAAAAAUGACUUCAAUAGUUGGUGGUCUUGAGACCUCAAAUAGUUCUGAAGCGAAGUAAUUGCUUUGGCGAAGUGGCAUCGGUCUGUCUCGCAGGAAGUUUAAGGCGAUUGUUACUUUACGGGCAGCUGCUUGUUUAGUUUUUGUGAUUUACUUGCACUCUAUAGAACACAAAAGAUAUUUUCCCCAUUGACUUCCAUUGUACAUAUGGACACAAAACCACUGAGACAUUUCUCGAAAUAUCUUCUUUUGUGUUCGACAGGAGGUGGAGUCACAUACAGAUUUUGAACGACAUAAUGAGGAAUACAUAAUGACAGAAUUUGUCUUUUUGGGUGAACUAUGCCUUUAAGCUGUAUGCACAUAACUUGGUAUUCGCAAAUAAACGCAGAUUUGCUUAUUUUAGUAACACUUCAGCACUGCAGUUGUGUCUGGGUCAGGUCGCGCAAGUUGUUUGCUUUGCCUAUAAUAACCGAGAUUGCAGUCGCAUACAGAGAAUGUCCUGCUGACUCUGACUUGCUUUGCUUAUUUUCCAAUGUCAUUCAGCGACAGUUCAUGUGAUUUGAUUUCUGAGAGGGAGCACAUGACCCCAACUUCUGGAGUGUGUAGCACGGCAGAAAAGCGCAGCUUUUGUUCACACGUUAUCCUGCCGAGAUAUAAGAUUUUGAGGAAACGCGUUGAUUUAACACAUGGUCUUGUUUCUUCAGAGAGAGUGCUGGGAAAUCAUUUCACGUUCAGAUUUUGCACUUUUAGUGGUCUACAUAACCCCUCCGCUUAAUUUUAUUAGGAAAUUACAUCUGCGGUUACCAAGGUGACGAGUUGGCCAUCAUUAAUGUGAACCCUUAGGCUUACCUAAACCAAUUUCUCUCCCACUAGGUUUAACAUGAGUAACCUAUUUAGUAUCACACCUCACAAAAACAUUUCACUCACUUUCUGAGAAGUUUGACCCUAAAAAAGUUCCCACACGCUCCUGCCUUGACCUAAAUGAAAGCGUUUCGGUGUGUUCUGAUGUAAAUUAUGUAAAAAGACAACUAAUCCCUCUUCCCAGAAUCUGUUUACUGGAUGUUUUCCAUCAGUGACUCUUUAAUAGUUUUCACCUCUCUGAAUGUGUAUUUUUCUGUUUUGCAUGGUAAACAGUUUGCAAAAAUCACACAUUUGACCGCUUUGAAAAA